CUUUAUAUAUUUCAUUGAGUAGUAUACGCAGGGAGGUGCAUGUUAAGGAGCCAGGGGUUGUAUCGGGGGGCAGGAUUAUGUUGGGGUGUACGUGCACACGUCCCCUCGGUGUUCAAACAUCGUCUCAGUUCUGUGAGCCUCUUUCCUUUUUUUCUCUUUAAACUCACCUCCGGGGCGCCUGCGCUGUCUGCAGUUCCGCGCAUGCCCACACGAGGACGCCGCAGCUCUCCGCAAGGGCCGCUUUGCUGAGCGCGGAGAGGCGGGGCGGAGCCGCGUUGGAUUUGCUAGGAUUCAUUCCCCUGUCGUGGCGCCGACCGACUUGUCAGAAGCACUUUUUCUUUUCGGAUGGAUUUUUGCCGCUGCUGGUUUUUUCUUAUAUUUUUUUCCAUUUUUAUUUGAUGUUUGUUAAUCUUUUCGGAGACGGCGAGAGCACAACGAGCGGCAGUGAACAGCAGCAAGCCCGCGGUGACGGUGCAGUAGUGACGGCGGCACGGAAGGGCGAGGAGAGCGGCCCGAUCUUGUGCUGAAUCCAUCCCUUUCCUCACUGAAGAAUCUGAUUGGCUUAGGGGCAGAAUGCCCUUUUUGGAUUUUUUCCGAAAGCAUUGUGAUGGAAUCCGAGAGGGCAGCUAUUUUGUGAGUGCAGCUUGACCAAACUAGAGUCUGCGAAUGCAAAGUGCAAAUUGGAGGGUGGGGCCUGCCUCAGUCUCUCGUAAUUGGCUGCUGGAUGGGAUCGAGGUGAAUGGAACACAUGCCCAGAGAGCAGGAAGCUAACCUGUCUGAGGGGGAAGAAAAACGGUGGCUUGACGGUCCAAAACGUAAACGAAAAAACAGCCAAUGUUCGGUGAAGAGUAUGUCUGGGUAUAUCCCCAGCUAUCUGGAGAAGGACGAGCCAUGUGUAGUGUGUGGGGACAAAGCUACAGGAUACCAUUAUCGCUGCAUCACCUGCGAAGGCUGCAAGGGAUUUUUCCGGCGCACGAUUCAGAAGAGCCUGCACCCUUCCUACACAUGCAAGUAUGAUGGCUGCUGCAUCAUUGACAAGAUCACACGCAACCAAUGCCAGCUGUGCCGCUUCAAGAAGUGCAUUUCAGUUGGCAUGGCAAUGGACUUGGUCCUAGAUGACUCAAAGCGUGUGGCUAAAAGACGUCUAAUUGAGGAGAACAGGGAGAAACGGAAGAGGGAGGAAAUGUUCAGGACCUUGCAGAAUCGUCCUGAGCCAACUGCCCUGGAGUGGGACCUUAUCCGUAUGGUAACUGAAGCCCAUCGCCACACCAAUGCGCAAGGCUCACACUGGAAGCAGAAGCGCAAGUUCCUGCCAGAUGACAUUGGCCAGUCUCCUGUAACUCCAUCAUCUGAUGGGGAUAAGGUGGAUCUGGAAGCCUUCAGUGAAUUCACCAAGAUAAUUACGCCAGCCAUCACGCGAGUCGUGGACUUUGCCAAAAAAUUGCCCAUGUUCUCUGAACUGCCUUGUGAAGACCAGAUCAUCCUCCUCAAAGGCUGUUGCAUGGAAAUAAUGUCACUGCGAGCAGCUGUUCGUUACGAUCCUGAGAGUGAGACACUAACUCUCAGUGGUGAAAUGGCAGUGAAACGGGAGCAGCUGAAAAAUGGGGGUUUGGGUGUAGUCUCGGAUGCCAUUUUCGACCUCGGCAAGAGCCUUGCUCAGUUCAAUUUGGAUGACACCGAAGUGGCCCUGCUGCAGGCUGUGCUGCUAAUGAGUUCAGACCGCUCUGGCCUCUCCUGCAUGGAUAAGAUUGAGAAAUGCCAGGAGACCUUUCUGCUGGCUUUUGAACACUACAUCAACUACCGCAAGCACAACAUUCCCCACUUCUGGCCCAAACUGCUUAUGAAGGUGACUGACCUGCGCAUGAUUGGUGCCUGCCAUGCAAGCCGCUUCCUCCACAUGAAGGUGGAGUGCCCCACAGAACUAUUUCCCCCGCUGUUCUUAGAAGUUUUUGAGGACCAGGAGGUAUGAACAGCGGAUAAAAGAAGAGUAGUGCCAGCUGUGCUCAGGGUCCCAGUUGUGCCAGGGUGGCUCCACAUCCCUAAGUUGUUGUUCUCUCAACUUCCCAUUUCCUCAAAUACCCAAAAUUUGCUGAAUGGCAUGCGUAGAAAGUCGCUCAUUCAUAUACAGAGAUGUAUAAAAGUGUUGCAAUGUCGUGGGAAAUUUAAAAGAUCUAUUAAGAAAAAGGAAAAAUUGCCACAAGGCAGUGAUCUUGUGUUUUAAAGUGAGGUUAUGCUUGUCAGGAAAGGAGGAAGAUUCAGUCAUCAAAGUGUGGAGCAGUUUCAAAUUUUCAUUAGCCAUGGAUCGGCACAACUUUUGUCAGCGGUCACUCUGGGAUAAUACAUUUUUCAAAUCUCUUUUCAUCUCUGGAUAAUGGGAAACACCAGUUCCUGAGGGGCAGACACAUUCCAAAGUUUACCACCUUUAGGAUCGUUUGUUCCACAAUCUUCUGGUCAUGAAUUUCAUUGCAGAAUUCUGACAAGACCAAAAAUACUACAGUGAUCUUCUGUUUAUCUACACUACUAGGGGAAAGGGGAAGGACAGGAGUGCACUUCAUCAAUGGUAUUGCAGUACACAGCCCUCUGGAUUCUUCUGCAGAAUUGAAUUGCACCUUUUUAUGCAAACUCUGAUAACAUUUAAACAAAAGCAAAUGAGGAAGAAGGAAUCCCAGCCAUCAGAUGAUACAAGGGAGGACGUCAUUCUCUAUUGGUCUGGCAGCUGCAGGGUGAAUGUUUACUUUUCUCUGUUUGAUUCUCUGUCCUUUUUGUUGGGAGCCAGCAAAACUUGCCAUUAUAACAGCGGUAUAAUACAAGUUUGAACCUAAUCACAUUUGGGUCAGAACUAUAUAGUCAAAGAAACUCAGACUGGGGUACACAAGUAUCAUAUCCUACUCUUAGAAGUGGAUUCACACUGAAACAAAGACCCAAUCCAACUUCUCUCAGCAACUUUCUCUAUUCUUGGCAGUAUUUAUUAAUGCCCACCAACACAAAUACAGACAAAUGCAUUUGUGUUGUGUUUUAUUUAUUUAUUUUUUUCUUUUUACUGCAGACUAUUCAUUACACUGAAUUAUUUUCCCCAACUCUAUAAAAUAUUUAGUUUAUUCCUUCUACAUUCCCAGUUUUUCCAAGAUGUACACUCAAGAGGGGAUCCAUUCUAAGUACUCUUAUAUUCCAUUUCCCAAAUCUCUAUUGUGAUCUCUCGUCUGUUGCUGCUUAACCUGUUAAGUAGAGGCAGUACUUUACACCCCAGCCUAUUACCUGUUUGUUGCCAAUGUAGCCAUCUUAAUUCUCUUGUCCUGGUUCCCCCUUACCAUGCUCCCUUUUUUAAUAGCAGGUUCUCCUUAACAGAGAAUCCUGUAUUUAAUAUGUGUUCAACCACUCCCCCACCUACCACCUGCCAUUUUUCAACAUGCAGGUAGACCCCUUGUAUCUCUUUUUACUACAGUGGAAUUGCUCCAAAAUCAAGUAUUUACAAGGCAACAGCCAGGCGAGGACUGCUUGUGACAUUGUUCUUUUAUUUUUUUUCAUGCUGCCUUUCAACUUACAAGAUUCUUUUUGGUGGGAAAUCACAUUUAUUUCAGUUCAUUUUGGCUUGCCCUCUAGCCCACUGGACAUAGCCAUACCUUGGAUAAAGCAGAGCAUUACUUGGGGCCCGGAGCACAGCAUGGCUCUCCUAACAGUAAAGCAGCUGCGAAGGAUCGUUUCUCUAGUCUUGCAUCACACAUCCGAGCCAGACAGAGUGGCGCUGGAAGCCAAGCUACUGCUGCCAGCCCCUCCUGACCACACCAGCCAUAAGAUGAAAAGAAGAAGAAAAAGGAAAAAAAAAGAAAGACAAAAAAAACACAACAAACACAGACCUCCAGCCUCCUUCAGGGGGCACUCUGUCAGACCUCAUACUGCCUCAGAAGCCUGAAAUCCCCACUUAUUACCUCUCUGGUAGAAAAAGGUGGGGUGGGCACCACCUAACUGGGACGAAUCGGCAUUCCAUUCAUGCGGGUACAGAUUCGAAACCUUCGGACAAGCAGAGCAGCGCAACAAAAAAAAAGGAAAACUCGAGCCCGUGUUUUUGCAUUAUUGUGAGCUGUCUGUCUGCACUUAGAAGGAUCUCCAGCAACUAUAGGAGUUCCGAUGCUGCUUUAAAAAAAUCUUAUUUUUUAUUUUUAUUUUAUUUUAUUUUUUUUUUAAGAUUUUGAAAGACUAAAAAUGACUUUAUAAAGACUGAAGAACGAUGCCGAAAGUUUGGAGGUAGCUUUUUGUUUUGUUUCCAUUGAUGCAAACUGCUCCACACCAGAAGAUUUGUAAUCACUUUAUACGUGUAGUCUAUGAAUAGACCAGAGCUGCACUUUCACAUGUCACAUAGAGAUUGUAUUGGUAAGCCAACUUUCUUUACCUGUUUGUUUGUCUACAAACCCAUCAACCCUUUUAUCCUGAGCUAUAUUACAGAUGUCUGCAGAUAUUUUUAUAUGUGUGCAUAUAUAUAUAUAUAUAUAUAUAUAUAUAUAUAUAUAUAUAUAUAUAUAUAUAUAUAUAUAUAUAUAUAUAUAUAAAGGAACGCCGUAACAGGAUAAAAUACUACCAAACUUAUAAGUGUAUUGUUAACUGAGGCGCAUCUCACUUCAUACCUCACACCUCACUAAGCUUGUGCUGGAUUUUAAGAAGAGCAGAGUUUCAGAAGUCUUGAAUGUAGCUGACAGGGACUCGAAGGAUAAAGGCUUGCACCACCUGCCUCCCCUCCCACACCCAAUCCUCUCAAUAGGCCCCAUGGGCUUCAGGGAGCAGUGAGGGUACUUGGGAUGGCUGAGUCUUGCUGAUGUUGUGUGCAACUGAGAUAAAAAAAUAUGCUCAUCUACAAGAUGCAAAAAUGUGUUUUUUAUUUAUUUUUUUAAAUAAUACUGUUUUUAGAUAUGGGAGGGAGACAUUCCCUCAUUGGAACAUAGCCUAUGAAGAGAGGAUUAAAAAAAAAAUCGCCUUAUUUAAUCCAUAUGGCUUAUUCACAGAGGCUGCUUCAAAGAAAAUUGUGUCAUUUUGGAAGGCUAAAGAUGUUUUAUCAGAGCAAGGGACAUUGGAGAAAAAGUAGCCAAAGGGAAGGAAACAGGAGAUUGUCUGCCUUUGCUGGAUAGGCAGUCUUAUGUCCCUGACCGCUAUCCUUGCAUACUCUUGUCUGAACAGUGUUAAAUGUCUCACUGCUAUGGUUGAAAAUAGAAUACAGGGCACAAAAGUAAGAGUCCUGGGCACUUCCAAGUGUCAGACAUGGUGUGCAUAUCAGCUGAUCAUUUGCAGCUGUUUCCUUUUUUGUAAUAAUAAAUUGCAGCAAGGCAAUCAAUUAAAGAGGGGUGAUGGAAAGUAAGCUUCCAAAGUAAUUUUUGAUUUCAGUAUAGUGGAAGAGAAAUCAGGCCUAAAUUAUGGCCCUUGAUGCAAGCAUUUUUACUAAUCUAGUCCUUUGCCAGUAUGUGCCUCUGCGACUGGUUGGUUUUAGCACCAUGAGUAGGUGAGCUGACCAAGGUCGUUUCUUUAAAAGCUCUCCAUUUAUAGUCAGCAAAGAUGCAGUCUAGCUUCUCUUACUUUGUGCCCUGAUUCUAGGCCACAUUUUAAGGAAGGGAUACCACAUAGACAUUAAUGGGCCAGCUUGUAUUCGUUCAUACAUGAUGUGAGAGGGUUGUCCACAACCAUGUUCACGACUGAAGGUAGUAUUGGAGAUUUUGUUACAUUCUAAUAUUACAAAGAUCACACACACUCUCAGGUUUCUGGUCAGGAAACAUUCUUAAUGUGGAGUGAGAGUCUGUGGUAUGUUAUGUCAUAUGUCCAACUUGUGUUGUUAUCACCAGGAUACUGGUGCACGCCUGAAAACAACACCCACAUCCAACUUGUGAAUUAUCAAGUAACUAUUCUUUUUUUUUAGCCUGACCUGAACCUUCCUUGAGCCUCAAAUACUUGUGGAGAAGUGAUGUUAAGGAAUGCAGUUUUAGGUUAUUUGUUUACUUCUGUGGGUUUUUCUGAUAAUUUGUAGUCAAAUUACAGUGUUCACAUGCUUGUGAGUGGAACUGCAGUAGCAAGAGCAUUGUGGUUUAAUCUUGACUGAGUUUGCUAGUCAGGUUAACUUACUGUUGUUUCUGAUACUGAACAUUCAAUUAAUCUUUAUAUUUCAUACCAUCUUUAUUAGUGAAUCUCAUAGCUAUUGAAACUAGUGAGUUUGGCUUUAUUGUCAGCUUGUUCCACAUAAACCAUUUCAGAACAUCAGGUUUGUGACAUCACUUAGAGUCUGGCCCAAAACUGAACGGAUAUGAAAUUAAAGUCUUUGCGGUUUCCCUUCUGAGGCAUAGAUUGGAGACAUUGCUUGCAAAUCUUGUUAUGCAGAAUGAUGCCAAAAACGGCCAUUGAUUUAGGCUUGGGACCUUUCAGUUAUUGCACUGCUGUCUGGUUUUUGGCAGGUCCCCAAUAUACCAGGAAGAAAACCCAGACCAGUGCUGCCAUAUUGUGUGGUGGGAGAUGACGUUUUAACUUGCUCCUUAUAACCCUUCACAUCGUAACUUCCCUUUAGCCCCCUUUUUUAAAGGCUGGUGAAUGCAUUUGGUAGACUCUACUGGAACUGGAAAGAGUUGAGAAAAAUCAGAACACUAUGCAGCAACCCACCAGCAACAGCAAUCUACCAUGAACAGCUAUAGCCAGCCUUGGCCAAAGGAAAAGAGCAUCUGUCUUGCCAGACAAAAUGAGCACAAACAAGGAUCUGCCUCUAUUGCUUGGCAGAGCCUAAAUUGUUGACACCCAAAAAAAAGCCACGCCCAUUUUAAUGAGUCACCUGGAUGAUAGCCAUCAGGACUGCUAAGAGAGCAUCUGUACGUGCUUGUGCACAUGUGUGUGUGUGUUUGAGUGGCAUUCCUGGGACUGACUGGCUGCCGAAUGUGCACUUUCGGUUUAUGCGGCGCCUGAUCAAAACUGGCCCUAUCAUUAACUGAAAGAUCAUGUGAGACACGUGCUUCAUUCCUGACAACCCGCAUUGGCUGUGUCCUCUUGGCACAUGAGAAAGAAAGUCUGUCAACGGUGGAAAAAAACUACUUUGGGAGCAUUUCCCAAAUUAGACCUUGCCAUUUGCCAAGGACUGAGUACCUGUGCCCUCAUGGCCAUUACUUCUGGCCGUGCAUAAGUAAGUACACAGCAGCUAAAGUGCCCACCAUAUGUCUGCCUUCUUGUGAACACAGGCAGGUAAUGAAGUUCCAAUGCUGGCAUGGCUUUUCAGUUCAAAUGUGAAUUGACAGAGGAAUGGCCUGUGGGACUAGGCCAAAUUUUCAAGGCAGUCAGAUUUUUUUUUUUUUUCUUGCUAAGAAAUAAUUAGAAGUGGGCUUAAUAUAGGGGCUUCUGCAUCCUUGUCCCAAAAUGUUUUGGGACAACUGGAUUGUUUAUGCACAUGUGAACCUUUUUCUUUUAUCUGUCCAUCCAUCCUCUAAAAGCCUCUGCACUCACUCUUCCCUUUAACUCGGCAGGCAAACUCGCCUCGGCGAUAAAAAUGUUGAAUGCUGCCAAACACACACACACACACUGGCACUCCAUCAGACUGAGAGUCAAAAGUGCAGAAGAGAUAUCUCAGGUAAAUGUCAUGUUUUACAUUAGCGGCCAAUGCCGGUCUAUCUCUUUAUUUAUUUUGUGUUGUUUGAAUGCUUUCACUUUCUCCUGAUUGGAUCUCAGUCGGGGCGUGGCAAGGUGAACUUAAACCCCAUAUUCUUGAGAGAACCCAUUUGAUUUUCUUCUGUUCUUGUUGUAAAGCACUUCUCCCUCCCCUCCUACCUCCUGUAUCCAUUUUUAUGUGGUGUUUAUAUCGUUCAUUCCUGUUUUACAUGCAAGCACUUAUUUGCUAAAGGCUGCUGGGACUUCUUUGUAUUACAUUUAAACACUCAAAUCCUCUCCCCUCAUAAACACACAAUAUUCUCAUGGAAUAAAGCAACUGAAUUACUGGUACUUGGAAUACGGCAAAUUGUAUUCUGUAAAUAUGGCUUUCAUAACUGGAAUCAGCGUUUCAUGUAGUCACAUUGCAGAGUCUGACUUGCAUGUAAAUGGCAAGAUUGUCACCAUAUUCCUUAUAAAGGAUUGUGCUCUUUGCUUUUAAAGUAAAAGUAAGUGCCAUUGCUUGCCAAAAUCUAAAAAAAAAAAAAAGUUCCUCAUUAGCAGUCAGCUAUCUUCAGGCCUUCAUUCCAUCUCCGUGCUGAGGAAUCCUGAGCCUUAAAUUGAAAUGCGUGUCCUGCUUCAGGUGUAUAGGGGUUAGCUGCUCAGCCCAGCAUGGCCAUUUCCAAUGUGCACAAUUGCUUUUCACACAGGGUUUGGGUCUCUGUUUUUAUUGUUUUUCUUAAAUAUAUAUUUAGUGGCCAUCCACUAUUGGUGCUGAGUUCUGGCAUGUUCACUUCAAGAACAAGAUCAUGUUUUAAUCCAGUUUAGCAUAUGUUAACCUUGGCAUAUGGUAACAGUCCUUUCCCCAACCAUGCAUUUUAUAGACCCGGAAUCUUAGUAGAAUGUAGAUUUGGAAACUGCUGAAGUGUACACUUCUGCACUUCCAUUUUAGACAUUAAAAAUGUGGGUCCCAAAGUUAACCUCUUAGUUCUGCAGCAAGAAACGGUUUUCCUUCCUCACGCCUGUCAAAGUUUGAGGAGACCAGACAUAUUCCUGUGGGCAUCUGGUCUGAGCUGCCACCGUCCAAUCUUAUGUAGACAAAAUGCCCACUGAAAGCUGGUGUGCAUUGAGCUGCCACUGUACAGCUGUAUGAUAAAUUGCAGGGAUGUAAGGAGGUAUCUUGCUGUGGUUCAUCUUCACAUAGACUUGAUGCCUUCUGGUUUGAGCAGCCACUUUCUAGCCAGAUGAUUUGACUGGAGGGAUUUAAGUGGGUACCUGCUCGUGUGGUACCCACUCAAAGCUGUAAGUAGCUGCCUUGGCACAUCUUUAUACAGUUUUGAUGUCCACUGCUGGAGCUCUUCAGUCAGAUGGCAUUUCCUGGGUUAGUGAAGGAUAGCAGGUAGUUACCAGGCUCCGGAGGAGGAGAUGUAGAAGUGUGUCCUUAUUGUCCAGAAAUGGCUACCAAGUACAUUUCUCAUUAUGUAGCAGUUCUAGUAAAAACGGUUGAAUUUCCUAAAGGUAAUCCCACGAUGACUGUAAAAAAUAGGGAUAAAAAAAUAACAUGCCAAUUAACUUUUUAACUCCAUCCAUCCAUCCAUUAUUCAACUGUAUUAAUUAAUAAAUUUAAUAACAUAUGACCGGCGUAUCAAAAAAUGAUGUUUCCGAUGGCCACAGAAAACUGUCCUUUUUAUAGUGGGGUGGUUUUCUUCCAGUCAGGUUAAAACUUUACUGAACUAAACUCUGCCAGUCUAGCCCACCAACCCCCAUUCCCAUGCAGAUGUAGGCGAGGGCUUUAUGUUCAUCACUCUUGUGCCAUCAGUCACUCUACUUUAAGGACAAUUAAGUCAACAAUAGGAUAGUAAACUCCCUGUCUAGGUAACCCGUUGAACAUUCUGUGUUUUUAGGAGACUGACUUGGCUGAACUGUACCCCCCCCAUAUACCUUUAAUUGUUAGUAACGACACUGAUCCUGACAUUACAAAAAAAAAAAAGGUGAAA